AUGGUCGACAUAAAGGGUGGCGACUUCGCAAUGCAACCGGCCCCCCAACAAUCGCUCGGCCUCGAAGCCUCAGCCAUUCGAAAUGGGAGCUGUUCCUAUUGCGAGACGAUGUACAAGAACCUUCAGUACUUGGAGAGUUACCUGCGGAGUAAUACCGCAAAGAACUCUUGCAACAGUUGUGCGACUUGUCUCUCGUUCCUCCUUUACAUGAAGCAGCAAAGCGUGACGCAGCCGAGGCUCGACCAAUAUAUCGCCGGGGAGCACGGUUCGCCGCAGCCGAACAAACUGCCUUCGGAUGUGAAUACCGAUUGUUAUGCGAUGCAGCAAACGGUUACUUACCAUCCGAGUAAAAGUGCUGCCUUGGGAGUGGCGCCGUCUGCCACAAAAAAACCGCGUCUGAAAAACAGUGGGAGCGUGGCUAAAACCAAGUCGUUCCUGAAACCUAAGCUGACGGAGAUGACACCAUCAAGGCUGUCCAAAUCGCAAUCUGGGGUGACAGCAAAGAAACAUCUUACAUUAGAUGGGAAAAAGGCGAGAAAGCUGCGGAACGUGGACGGGAAGACUUCUCACAAGACCACGACCGGGUUGAGCGCGGAUGCGGUGCCGAAACCAACCUCCAUGAUGAGCAAAUAUUCAGCGGGAAACAGAAGAAAACGCGCGAAAAUGCCAUCCACGAAGUCAUCGCUCAGCAAGGAUUCCACCGUGAAGUCGACUAAGCAGAAGAAAAGCCGCGCGCCGAGAAAGAAGGUUAAGAUUUCGAAGGUUUAG